CUCACACGUUCGCGCGAUCUUCAAACGCAUAGGUGCAAUGUUUUCUUAAGCAAACCGUAGCGGAAAUAGAUAGCGAAUCUCACCUCCGUGUAUUUAUUUGUCUCAGCAAACGGUGUUUUCAUGGCGUUGAUUCAUUGGUAUGUGGAGCUGAUCUUCCUACUCAUGCUCAUACACAUGACAGCCACAAAAUUUAUCACACAUCAAAAAUGCAUUGAAAACACCAGAGCCUGUGGUUCCACAGACUACCGCAGCUACUUGGGCUGCGUUCGCAGUCGCCAAAAACGCACCAUCGAAUGUGAAGAGGAUUGCGAACAGUGUCAAUGCGACUCCUGCAGCUACAAUCAAUGCCAGAACAGCUGCCAAUCAUGUUGCAGCUCGUGUUGCUCCAACUACAUGCCCUGUAAUACGCACCACUGUUGUCACAGAACAUGUCAUGCUCAGUGUGACAGCAGUGACUGUAGACUUAGUUGCAGAAGAAAUUGCAUGGAACAGGUGGACAGACAACGAGAACAUUUCUUCCAUUUGAGCAGCAACAGUAACAACAGCUCUGUACGAAGUAGCGUUGCUAAUAAUGUUACUACUGUUAUCCACUUGAACAAUGUAGUCAACAACACGAACGUCAUCGAUGUGCCGAUAACACUGGAAUCCAAGAACAUACAAAAUGUCUCCUUACAUGAAGUGGAACAACAGGCAGAAACAGGAGACAAGCAAACCCCUGGAAGACCAAUCAGCGUACCAGCUCAUGAAGAACACAAAAUAAUAUCUGGAUCAGCGCCAGCAGUUGAUAGCAUGGGGCAAAAAACAUGCUGCAUCGUAGUUGGUCCUAAACAGUGCACCAAUAACUACCCAGGCUACGGUCCUCCUAAGUGUUUUCAUUUGCGUUCAAAGCAAUGCGGGGAUUUCUGUAUUACAAAUAUAGUUCACCGAGAGGAGCAUCAGGUAUGCGAGAGCCUCUACCCAGGCGCCCCCAACAACUGCAGGCAGCAAAUAGUCUACAUCCCUCAACCUCAACCUCGCUGUUCAUACCAAGACGACUGGCCGUACGUGCGAUGUGGUUUGCGACGAUCACCUUCUUGUGCUGGGUGUUAUUCGCACUAUGUGAACAAAGACGCGAAGGAUUAUCUCUCAUGUCCGCUUCAAUGUUUCGAUGAGUUUCCUCAAAACGCGCCAUUCUAUAGGCAGGGCCCGUUUUAUCAACCGCAAUAUGGUUAUGAAUCAUAUAACAGGAACCCCUACAAUCCAUUGAUGGGCGGACUCCUCUCCCCAAACUCACCUCCAGGAAUGUUCUACCAUCCAAUAACAGGCUCAAGUCCGCUAAGCAACAGUCCAACCAUCAAUGCUAGUAUAGUUUCCUCUAACAGCAACGUUGGGCUACCUACAGCUACACAGAUGCCUUUUUCGCAUAGCGACUCCUACAUUCCAUACCUCAGAAAAAGACGAACAGAUGUUUCUGAGAAUUCAGUCGACUCAAAUACCGACAAAGGAUUAAAAUCUUGAUAUAUUCUACAUUAUUAUGAUAUAAAAUAUAUGUAUACUAGUUUACUAUAGGGUUAGUGUGUUUUUAUUAAUAAAGUGAUAUUCAAUAAGCAAAGUGAAA